AUGCUCCUUUAUAUUCGCAUUCUUACCUGCGCGCUGCCGCUGCAUAUCCUCUGCCAUGCUCUCAUCACCGCUUCCCCCGCUGUCAAGUGCAUAUUACAGAAGCGCUCAGAGAAGAAUGCGCGUUUAGUACAAGAGAUUGCUGUUGUCAAUGCAAAGCCAUUACUAACAAUGAGCUGGCACACAAAUAAGCUAUGGUUAAUAGACCGCGAAAUCCAAUGCAAUAUGACGCACUUCGGACUUGGUACCGGGCAGAAGUGCUCUCUGGUGUGGUUCCUCGAACGCCUUGUUGGUAAUCUUGAUGCACUUAGCAAAAUUGGGGAGCUCUUUACACGUGUAUUGGUGAACAGGGGUUCUACGGUGGAUCGAGAGGAAGAUGAGAGCGACAAGGAGACAAACGUGUUGGGGAACCCUGUACUAGCCCAGAUGUGGUCGUCCCAUAUCAGUUUUUACGCCAUCCAAGCAAGGGUUUGA